AUGACUUCCUUUCUAGAAGAUCUCUGGGAGUCCAUCUUCGUCGCUGGACCCACCCCAACUCUCCUCAAGGCCGCCAACGGCACCUUUGCCGCCCUCCAGAUCCUCCUCGCCGUCCUCCUCGUCACCACCAACAGCAUGCACUUCGUCGCCCUGUCCGUUUUGUGCGGCGGCCUCUGGUGGUCCAUCAACUGGUUCGCCACCGAACUCAGAAUCCACCAGGAGCGCGAAGAGCGUGAGAAGCGCAAGGCCGAGGCAGAGGCCGCCCGCGACGAUGCCGCCGGCGGCUCUUCCGGCGACGACGACGACGACGGCCAGAGCGAUAGCGAGACCGAAGUCGAGACCAGCAUGACGGCCCCUCCCGCUGCGCUAAAAGCGACAACGGCUACUACUACGACGCCGACAACGGCGGCGGCGGCUGAGGCCACCGUCCCCUCAGCGGAAACCCGCAGCGCCCAGGUCCUCGAGAACGUCGGCGAGAUGAGGAAGAGGGAAACGGCAGCGUCUGUCGCCGCUCGAGGUUUUGGUCCCGGGAUGCACUCGAGUGUGAGCACGGAAGACGAGUGGGAAAAGGUGUCGGAGAGCGAAAACGAUAAGCGGGAAUGA